AAAGAGCCCGUUGCUAAAUUAAGCCCGCUGCGUGCAGUCUUUUCCCCUAAGUUUUCUGAAUCCUUCCCCGAAAGCUUCACAAUUUAUCUUCGAAUCCCCCGAAACAUUACCUAGUUAUGAGUAAUGGAGGAGGCCAUGGCCCUGGUCUAGAACACCAGUUUGCUGCACUAGACUUGAAGGAUGGAGGCCGACCAGAAGCUAAGCGAUACAUUCCUCCCCACUUGCGUCAUGGUGGGGAUGUGAGUAGCAGAGGUGGUUUCCCCAACUUCGCUGGACGGGGAAACUUCAACAACAGCUUCAAUCGAGGACCACCAGGCCCACCUCCAGGAGGUAACUUCCACAACCAAAGCGGCUUCCCCAACCAGGAUUUUGGGGGGUACAACCGUGGCGGUGGGGGUGGCCGGGGGAACUUCCGCGGCAACUACCGCGGUGGCAGCGACCGUAGCGGUGGUGGUUUCAAUGACCGGAGUGGAUACAACAACCGCGGCAGCUUCAACAACCCAGGCUUCGAUCGCAGCCGGGGGUUCCAGGAUCGCGGUGGCUAUGGUAACCAGGUAGACAGUGGGGCCUUCAACAACCAGGGGUUCGGCGGAGGGCGGAACUUCGGCAACUUCAACCGGGGGGGCAGCGGGUUCGGUGGGCGCUCCGAUAACUGGGGGAGCGGGGGUAAGCAGUACCAGAGAAACACCCGCGGCUACAACGAUGACUCGUACGGCCGCGGGCGACAGGAAGAUGUGUCUGAAGUGGAUUGGACCAAGCCCCUGCCGAGAAACGAGCGGCUGGAACGGGAUCUGUUUGGAUCUUCCAACACCGGCAUCAACUUUGACAAGUAUAAGGAUAUCCCAGUGAAAGCAACCGGAGAGGACAUUCCAGACAAGAUCACUGACUUUACAGACAUCAAUCUUGGGGAAAUCAUCAACAACAACAUCACACUGAGUAACUACACCAGCCCCACCCCCGUUCAGCAGUAUGCCAUCCCAAUCAUCAAGGGCAAGAGAGAUCUCAUGGCGUGCGCCCAGACAGGCUCUGGAAAGACUGCAGCCUUCUUGCUGCCGAUCCUGUCUCAGAUCUACGAAGGAGGACCUUACAAGUCCACCGGCGGCACUGGGUCAAAUCGACGUAAGCAGUAUCCACUGUCUCUGAUCCUGGCCCCAACUAGAGAGCUUGCUUCUCAGAUCUUUGAUGAGGCACGCAAGUUUGCCUACUGUUCCCGCGUAAAAGUGCGUGUGGUCUAUGGCGGUGCUGACAUCAACGGGCAGAUGCGUGAACUGGACGACGGUUGCCACCUGCUGGUGGGCACACCGGGACGGCUAGUGGACAUGAUGGAACGUGGCCGCGUCGGAAUGGAUAACAUCAAGUGGCUGGUUCUGGAUGAAGCAGACCGCAUGCUUGACAUGGGCUUUGAGCCGCAGAUCCGUCGCAUCGUGGAGCGCGACACCAUGCCAAAGACCGGCGAGCGUCAAACCCUUAUGUUCAGUGCCACCUUCCCCAAGGAGAUCCAGAUUCUGGCUCGCGACUUCCUGGAUAACUACAUCUUCUUGGCGGUGGGCCGCGUGGGCAGCACCAGCGCCAACAUCACCCAGAAGGUGGUGUGGGUGGAGGAGAACGACAAGCGUUCCUUCCUCCUGGAUCUGCUAAACGCAGCAGGUAAAAAAGACGGCAAAGGCCCCUCAUCCCUGACUCUCGUCUUUGUGGAGACCAAGCGAGGAGCUGAUGCCUUGGAUGAGUUCCUCCGGAUGCAGAGUUACCCGGCAACCAGUAUCCAUGGCGACCGCUCCCAGCGUGAGCGUGAGGAGGCACUGAGGACAUUCCGCACCGGGCAAACUCCCAUUCUGGUUGCCACAGCCGUGGCUGCCCGUGGUCUGGACAUCCCCAACGUCAAGCACGUCAUCAACUUUGACCUGCCCGGUGACAUUGAGGAGUACGUUCACCGCAUCGGCCGUACGGGCCGCGUGGGCAACCUAGGGUUGGCGACUUCGUUCUUCAACGACAAGAACCGCAACCUGGCCCGCGACCUGGCCGAGCUGAUGGUGGAAACCAAGAUGGACCCCCCGGGCUGGCUGGACACCAUGGUCUACGAAGCCAAGCAGAACUUCUCCGGCAAACGAGGACGCAAGAACUUUGGUGGUAGCGGCUUUGGUUCUCGUGACUACCGUCAGGCCAACCGUCCCCGCGGGGGUGGACAGCAGGGGAUUCCCUUCGGUGGGGGGCACCACGGCCAGGUGCCCUUUGCUUUCCCCCCGUACCAGGCAUCCUAUGGUGGCAGCUAUGCCCAGCCUAACAGCGGGAGCAGCACCGAUUGGUGGGGGAAUUAGAUUUCCCCUUAGGGGGUGGUCGGACAAAACGGUAAGAACAUUCAGGGUAGAAUGGACCAUUCCUGAAAACAGAGAGAGAAAGAAAUAAUCCAUGACGUAAUCUUACUCACUAAAAUCUCAAAGAGCUUGAAGUUUCACCUUAAAAGUUGCGACAGGUAUUACCCAUUCUAGAGAGCAUCUCUAAAAAAAAAAAUGCCACACUUGAUUGGACUUCAUUAUUUAAAAGUGUCACAGGACAAAAGUAUCAUGUAGAGUGUGCCAUGAAAGGUCAUGGCUUCACAAGUUUAAUUUCUUCAAAGGAAGAACAUGAAACCAAUUUUAUUCUGAGAGUCAGUGGGACAACUCAGCUCACUGGAGAUUAAAGAAGCAUUUCGUUUAUUUAAAACAAUGUCCCAGUGCCAGCUGGGCUUGGUUAAAAACUGAACAUUUUGUUCUAAAAAGUUUGGCAGAGGUGAUCCAAAAAAAUGAAAAUUUCGACAUAUUAAACUUUCACAAAAGGGACCGUAGUAAGGCCUUUUUGACUUACUUGAUAAGACUGGUACCUAUCACCAAUACCCUGAAUGUAAGAUAGACGAGGACAGAGGAACCAGACAAGACAGGUGACAAGUGAGAGUCACCAUUUGUGGUUUGACUUGAUAAUUAAUUAAUGAAUACAAGUGGAUGUUAAACUUUUGCGCCUAGUUAAUGUUUUUUGCUGUAGUUUUUUUCUGUAGGAGUUGUGUUAGUUAUGGCCCCUGCAAUAUUAGUGUUGGUUGUUGUUUAAAAAAAAUAUAAAUAAAAAAAGCGUUAGAUUUAGAGAACUCUGUUUAAGCAGUGGAUUAAGAAAAAAAUGUAAUUGAUUAGUGAAUUAGCUAACAGCAGUAAAAGAUACACGUGAUGUUGUGUACUGGUAACGUUGGCAAGUAUCUAGAUAAGACGCACAAAGUUGGCAACAUCGACUGAACACAGCGAUAUUGAGUGACCAAGCCACUGGGUCAUUCUGAGGCAAUGUAUUCACUUCCCGAAGGUGACGUCACAGCUGCUCGCUUCAUUUCAUGCAGCUUUGCAGCAAAACAAGUUACGGGGGACGCCCUGUAAAAGUUGCUCUUUUUGUUUUUUUCUCGGAAUUUGUGCUAGAGUUUAAUAAUAAGCCACUUUGCCUGGCCAGUGUAUUUAAGUGAAGCAGGAAUGACCUAACAUGUAGCAUAGUUGGAGUGGUCGUUAUUGAACAACUCUAAAUCAAGCGUCAGUUGUUUUUUUCCUGAAUCUUUUCAUUUGUUUGUUUUUCCAGCAGGGGCCAUAGUUGAUUGAUUUGUUGUUACCCUACUUUAAUCAGUGCAGAUUCUGUUGUUCCAUUAGUUGUUAUUUGAAGGGACUCUCCAAUACGACGGAAAUGGCAAAGGAAAAACAUUUACCCUUUGCACUUUCCGUCACGUAUAAUCAACAUUGGAUGAGUGCCUGAAAUGUCGCCCUGUAUGGUGAACAAGAAUUCAUUGGAUUUGUAAAUGUACCAAAGGACACCAGCCGUGAAAAUUACAAUCACCGAUGAGACUGUUGACCACAUGAUACAUGGUCAGCUCUCUCUGCAACUAGCCAUAGACUAACUGACUACAAACAAGCGACAUUAAAAGACGUUCAGAUUUCAUCUGAAUGUGCACAAGGAAUCGAAAGCAGCUACAGUAGCCCUUGAAAGUAUACCAGGGACACUCUCACAUAUGUUUUACCCACAUUUUUACUUCUUGGUGGCGAAAAGAGAUGAAAAAAAAAGCAGUGGGUUAUUUAUGUUUUAUUUAUUACUGCAGAUUGUGUAAUUUGCAGUUUUAGCAGUGAAAACGUGCUGUUAUUGGCAAAAUAAAUACUAGGAGUUUGCCAAGUUCAAAAUGCUUUUACAAGUAGGCUGAUGUUCAGACUGCCAGGCUUAACGCAGUCGGUAAAAAGCAUGAUCUCGUUAUUAAAGGGCCAACUCCAUCAUUUGCCAACUCAAAAAAAGUAAUCGGAUGUCAUUCUGGCAGGUGGUCAUUCCACCUAUUUUGUUUUUCCUCCUUUUUUGAUGACGAAAAUGACAUCAUCAUUACAUCAUCUGUUGACUGUUAUGAUUAGGGUUUAUUCUCUCCGCCCCUAGCAGAACAGUCGACAGGGUUUUGACGAUAGACUUGGCCCUUUAAUGGUCUCCCAAUCGGGCCGUGAAAAUGCUGAGUAUAUUUGGGGUUUGAGCUCAAAUCUGUAUAUCAGUAAGAGACUUUACUUCCAUUGUUCUGAGGAAGAGAUUGUGGCUUUGUUUAGUAGGACUUUCCAUCUUCCAUUGUGGAAUCUACCGGGGCAAUAUAUAUAACUUUCUAGAUAUACGAAUACCAGCGACAAUGCUGAUAGGGUCUGCCUGCUUUUUUGUCUUUUAAAUAUCUUUGAUUAUAUCGGGAAAAAUCCACCUGGUGAGUUGACCAUCUAUAAGUGCAAAACGUUUUGUAAGGAGUGAUUGGCAGACCCAAUUCAUUUCUGGUCUUGCUUAAUAUCCAAAGGUUAACUGGGUGUAGUCAGUCUAAAACUGGCAUCUUUUGAGUUUGAUUUAUCAGUUCGCAUUUUGUGUUGUGCGAUGUCCAGCGCUAUGUUUUAAUUGAAUUAGACACUUGAGUACUUAACAAACAGGGUUAUGACAAUUGUAUUUAUAUAUCUGGAGACAGGACUUUUGCAAAGUUUUUUUUAAGAAUGGGCUUUCAGACAUUGCCGCCUGCAGUGUGUGAUAAGUCAACUGUCGAUAUGACAACACUUACAAUUCUGAAGUUCCUUGAUUUCCAUUGGUUUUCAUGCUUAAGCCCUUUUACGACGAGGUUCUGGUUAAAAAUAAUGUCCUUUGGCUGGUCCCAGUAAACUUGUUAUAUAACAAGAGUUGACUGGAUUUGAGAAAAAAAAUGCAUCUUGUUGGUUUUGAGUUCCACUUUAGCAAGAACUCUGAUAUCAUGUUUGAUUUUUAAAUUAGUGUUCUGGGCGAAGUGACGGUCACACUGCGCCUGCCCGAGAACUACAUUUUAAGCUGCACGGGACGCUGUGUAACGUACAGUCACUAGCAUUUUGUACAAUGCCAAAGUUGAAUUGGGAUACAAGAUUCGGGGGGAGGGGAGUAUUUUUAUAAGGAUUGUUUCCCUGUGCCUUUGACGAGUCAUUGAUCAGUUUGUACAAAGUAAUGGGAACGCAGUUGUAGUUUGCUCCAAGAAAAAAGCGGCUGCACAUUGCGGCUGACCCUGUUGCAAUAUUAACAUAUGACAUCAUAUUAACGUGUCUGGAAACGCCAAGAGGGUGUGCAUAUAUAGAAUGGCAAAAGUUAUUGCCCUCAAGUUUUUGUUGUAUAAGUAUUCCUAUGAUGGAGUCACAGACACGAAAGGGAAAGUUGUACAUUGUUCUUAGAUUGAAACACUUCGCCCCGCACACACACACUCUGGACUUGUCCACUGUUUUUAAGAACAAGAAAUAUGUGAGACAGUAUUGCAUCUAUUCCGAUUUUUUUAAAUCAAGGAGGAGACUUUCAUCUCCAAAAAUAGCUGUAAUUUAUCCAAGUGGCUGAUUUUGUGGUCUAUAUUGCUACCCUCGUCUCUUCCAAAACCUUUUUUUUUUACAUUUCCUGAGUCUCAGAAGUGAAUUCCUUGGUGAAUUUCCUCUUGAUGUAUGAGGGUAACCGUAGGAAAGGAAACCGACUAGUAUAUAAAUGAUUGGGUUUCGUUUUUGUUUCGUUUUUUGAAUAAGGCUUCUUGCCAAAGAGAGUUACCAUAGCAUUGGCCUUGCACUACGUACGUAACUUACUCACAGACGUGAAAUCCUUUUGCAAUUCUUUCCUGGCGGUCAAAUGUAUAUGCCGAUUUCUUUUUUAAGUUGGGAAUGAAGUUUUUUCCUUUUUUAUUGAAAAGCUCACCUCUGCUUAGGAAGACAGAAAAAAGGCACCAUUUGUGAAAUUGCGAUGACUGAAAAAAUUCAUUUUGCGUGUUAAAGAGGAUCUUAUAAAAAUGUCUCUGACAAAUUGGAAGUGACGGCAAAGACUCGGAGCCACGGGUUUUGUAAAUAAUUUAUUUAAAAAAUGGUUCGCUGGAAUCGAACAUCUUGUGUAAAUGGUGGUUGAUAAGGGUUUGAUAAGGAUAUGAUUUUUUGUUUCAUUUUCGGGCUGAAAUGAUUUUUUACUAUUUGAACGGGAGAAGGAUAUCCGGUUUUCAUCUCUUGUUCGUUAGUUUGAGAGUCUUCUUUAACGCAAGCCAUUUUUGCUCACUAAAAUUGUCAGAGACAUUUGUUUCCUUUUUGUACGCUUGUUGAAAAAAAAGUAUUAGUGUAGGCCUACUUGUACAAAAUUGAAGGACCUCACAGCAUUCUAGAGACCUUUUGAUAAAACAAAAUCAACUUUUUCCAUGAUUGAAAUUUUUAUAGCAAGUGUGAUAUAUAUAUUUAUACAUGUUUUGCGUUUUCCAAAAUGUAUAUUUGUUUUGUCUGAGGAACAGUUCUACCAUAAGAAGGGUGAAGAAAAAUGCGUGUAGUGAUUUUUGAGAACUUUUUUUUAAAGAAUGUUUUAGCGACUGCUGACGGACUUUCCGUCCCGUGCUAGUUGGGGAGAAUUAUUUUCAGUGCAGUAUGAAUUAGGGCGUUCCUAAACAAAUAGCCAAACGUGGUGUCUUCUUCGGUUGAUAGGAUUAAGUUUAAAAUUUUAUAAACUGUAUUGCAAACUAAUUGAUCAGUAGGCUGAAUUACUACCGUACCACUGCAGAAAAUAUUUCGGACGACCAUGCCGUGCAUGUUGCUUCUUAAUUGCUUCUUUAAAAGUUUUAUAAUUGGGAAGCUUUCUCGCAUCGCAGUGUCUGAUUUUUGUACUCAUGCUUUCUGAAUUUUUUUUUCUAACUAAUGAUAGCAGACAAACUUCAAAAGGAUUAACUGAACAGCAAUCCUAAACUCUUUUAUAAAUUCUUCGCUCGAUCUACGAGACGCAGUAUUUUGUAUACGCGAGGUAGCUUUCAAGUAGGUGAUAGUAGGUAAUUCAGUCGCAGGAAGCUGUUCUUUAGCUGAGGGUUGGUGCUUCCGGGACAGAAAUUAAACGUUAAGUUCUCUACCAGUGCAGUAUUGAGGAUAGAAGGCGAGGUAGUGUGCUAAGAAGGUUAAUAAGCAGAACAAACGAUUGUAAAUUGUGUGCAUUUGUUUUUUAAAUCCUCAACUUGAAAUUUUUGAAAAAAAAAAAACACUGUGCAGUAUCCUUCCAUUAAUGUGCUUGCUGUAAGAGUGCAUGCUUGGAAAUCCCAAGAUGCAUUGCGCAGUGUUGACAAUUGCGUUGCUGCUUUCCAGCCGUGACUUUGCUAACUGGAUUUUUUUUUACAAAGUUUCUUUUUUAAAUGUUUUUAGAAUGAACCUCGACUGUCUUCUCUGAUUCGCCAAUCGACGUUUCCUUGUACUAUUUGCAUUCUUUUCUGUAGUCAGUCGAGAGCAGUAUUGCGUGCCGUGUUUUAAGUUUGAAGGACUGAUUUGUAGGCGUAACUGUUACCGCUCAUCGGCAGAUGGGCCAGCGUAGCAUUUGAUGCAGCGACCUUGACACAGUUUUCUUUUGUAUUCAUGAAUCUCGUCGACGUAAAAAAUCUCCGUUUUAUCCAAGCGUUGCCGCAUACAAAGGUGCUACACGUCAAAUUAGCAAAAACAGGAAGACUUAAGUUGUUGUUUAACUUGUUACAAGCAAUUAACUUUUUUCACAUUACAACCAGUUUAAUACUCAUGCUGGUUUAUAACAGUCGAGUUUCAACUGCCAAAUAAUUGGCGUGACUCUUUUACUUCUGCUAAAAGGAUCACAUUUGAACCUGAUAAAAUCUUGAUCUUUGGCUUCCAUAAUUUUAACCACAAACUUAAUCACAACUACAUGUAUCGGAGGGCGUAGUUCGGGUACGGUGCCCGUGAACCACUUUUUGUUUCAACUUCAAAAUUUGAGUUCGUGUACACCGUAUCAACUGGUUCAGAAGGUUAGCUUUAAGUUAAAAUCCAAUCUUGCCUAUCAAAGUACUCUGUAGAGUUGUACUUUUUUCAUGAAAGUGUCUAGGUUUUGCUUUUGUGAUGGAAAGCUGUAGAUUUCUGAUUGUUUUUCCAUCUUGGGAAUUUCGGGGGGUUGGUUGGUCUGAAACAUUUUUUAAUCUCAGGUGUAUCACAGUCCGGUUAAAUAGUUCAAGUUGGACAUAGCUGGUGUAACAUUUACACAUAUGAGGAUUACACUUAACAUGUAGUGUUAACUAAACGCGCUUGGGUACAGUGUACACAGUGUAGAGUGAAAUUUACACUUGUUCCAUUCAGUGUAAAUUCUUGUACAGAUUACCCAAUGUAGGGACAAGCUGACACUUAUAAAUCUUGUGUAGAUUAAAUGUACUUGGUGUAAAACUUAUACUUUGAAUGAUAGUGUAGGUUGUACACAUUUUCAUAAAGUCAACACCAUAGGGGUAUAUAAAAUGUACAUAGAUAACAACUGAGCUUUUAUUUUUGAGAGUUUGAUCAGUAAAGUAGAAAGCUGGGAACUUACAAGAAAUUUGAGACAAUUUUUGGUGCCGCAAAAAUUGUAGAUGCACAACUCCCACACCUUUCCCUUUCCCGCGAUCUUGCGCAACGGGCGCAUGCGUAGUGUUGCUGUGGGCACUUGGAGACACGGGGGGGGGAGCUUUCAACGAGAGAGCCACUUUAAACCGAGGACCAAAGUGUUUUCAUGGAAUCUCUGUCGUUCAUUUUUAUACUGCCGCAGGCAGUAUGCAUGCAAUAUGGCGCAACACUGUGUCACGACGUCUUUGUUUUUGUGUGUGACUCCAGGAUAAUGAGGUUUUCUGAGGUUUUUUCUUCCUUUUUGACAAAUAACACUAGUGUUCGAAUUAGUGUAGGGCGAAUGCAUCCAAUAAAUAUGUCAAAGUGUGUGAACUUUUAACUGUGGAGGUUGAAGACUUGUGACUCUUUUUCCGAAGUGCAGGGCCUUCUAAAUUCUCAGGUUUUCCUUAAAACCUGACCAUGCAUGGUUAGUCAUUCCUAUUUUUGUCUGUGAAUAUUCAAUUUUCAACUUGUACUGUGCUUGUUUUUUAUUUAGCAGUUGUGAAAUAUUUGAUGUUCAAUUCUUCACCUUCAUUGUAGCUGCAAUGACUGUAAGUAAACUUCAACUUCAACCACGUGUACUUCAAGAAAGAAAAUCUAGACUUUUUAAAACAUGGAUCGAUGAUUAUUUAUUGAAAAAAAAAUGCUGUGAGGUAUUCCUUUUUAAUUUAUCCAAACUGUACAAAGAAAGUUCGAAAUUCUGUGUACAGAAAAAAUUGUCCUUUUGAGUGCGGGGCAAGUGCGCCAUGUGUGAACCAAACUGUGAGUGUCAGAAUCCAUAAGUGUGAUUGAGAUUAAACGCUUUUUUGCUUUUACUUUGUUCACGGAGACAUCUCUAUACAAAAUAUUAUUCAUGAACGAUAGGGAAAAAAAGUUGCAUUUGUAACAUAAUUAUAACUAUUCCUAUGUCUUGUACUUAGCCAAAGAUUGGGGGAGAGAGAGGUUGGGAACUAGACUAUAAUAUGUGUAACUUAAAACGAGGGAAGUCUUUUCUUAUAUACAUGUACUCAGCACAAGUGCCCGAGGGAGAGUAACCAUGCUAUUUCUUGUUGUGUUCAGGCGACAUGGGACGACAGAGUUGUGUAGAUUACUAUUGAUAUUCUAUUGAUAUUCUUGACACUAUUAACGAAAGGUGAGCAUUUACAUCUAGUGUGCUUUGCUGUUAUUUGGUAUUUGCAUUGUUUCAUGCUUGGGAGAUUCAAUGAGAAUUUUAUGUAUCAUUAUGAAAUGUGUUCCAGAAAUUUAAUGUCAGAAAAAAAUUCACAUGUGGAAGAACGAGGAUGAGACCGUGAAGUGCAAGGCGAAGUUAUUCAGCCAGUGUGAUAAUCGGCUAUGUUGUUUGCUUUCGUACGUUUGAGGUUUGGAACCUUACUCUCGGAAGGAUUUCUUCUCUGUAUCCGUAAAGUAUUAAAUCCAAAGUGCAAAAGUACCAGAUGGUACCCAGAUUGUUCUUUCAUGCAUUUUAGUACAGACGAUUUCACUUCGCCUUAAAUAGUGGUUUGUAACUUUGCCUUGGAUUUCAUACAAGAAUCUGUAGAAAUGGAAAAAGUGAGAUCAUACAAUAAAUAAGGAGUUAGAAAGUGUCUUCAGUUAUUUCCUCGGUGGACCGCCAUGUUGGUCUGGUUAUGGUGCAUGCCUGGAAAUGAACAGCCUUCUCAGGGGCACCAGUCUGUGACGAUUCGAGCCUGAUUUGAUCGACUUAGGCUCAUGUGUGCCAAAAAGCAAAACCGAAGUGGCUGUCAGUUGCAGUGAGGAAAGUCUGUAGGGCAUUUUCCCCAACACAGGUUUAGUAGGAAAACAGAGUGAAGAACAAGUUUUCUCUUCUGUGACGCAUAUAAAAUGUAAAGUACCGAUGGAUCUAAUAAUUCAGUGGAGGGCUUGAAAUACGAGAGCCUGUUCACGUUCUUAACGAAUGUAUCUUCACCGAAAUUUGUACUGAAUAAAAAGUGAAGUAGUUGCAAAAACA